AUGGCCGGAAGGAACGCCCGCGCGAUAACUUGGUCCCAUGCUGAGAACAGCCCUCCGUUCCGCUCCCCGUCCACCGUUUCCUCUCGCUCGCCACCCCCUCAUCGUCGAAACAUGGCCAUCGCAGUCGCCCAGCUCCCGCUCCCGCCCUCCGCAGACCCGUCCAAGUUCGCCGACUUUGGCAGGGAGGUCAAGGGUGUGAACCCCGGGACGCUCACCCCGGAGGAGUUCAAGGAGAUCGAGCAGCUUCUGUACAAGCAUGGUGCCCUGCUCUUCCGAGAUGCGCAUGUAACGCCCGAGCAGCAGUAUGCUCUGACGAAGGCCUUUGACCCCUCCUCGGAGAGCUACGGCCACGGAAACAACAAGACCCAGAGCACCAAGAAGUCGAUCCUCCACCCCGACCUCAAGACCAUCCCGCGCGUGCCGCAGGUGCAGCUCAUCGGUAACGGGACGGUCUACAACCACGAGGGGCUCGCCGAGGCGAUGCUCAAGCACCCCUCGCACACGACCUUCCACAAGACGCGCGUCUCCGAGGAGGACACGGAGAAGGGCAUCACCCGCUUCUACCGCUGGCACAUCGACGCCGCGCUGUACGACCUCUCCCCGCCGAGGGUGACGACGCUCUACGGGAUCCAGGUGCCGCAGGGCAAGCGUCAGGUCGUGCAGUAUGAUGACGGGACGGGCGACGUGCUUGAGGUCCCUCUGGGGACGACGGCGUUCGUGUCGGGCAAGACGAUGUUUGAGAUCCUCCCGUCGGAACUGAAGAGCCUUGCUGUGCGGAGCAAGGUCAAGUACGCGCCGCACCCGUACGUAUGGAUGGCCCCCGCCCGCGCCAGCUCGACAGGUCUUGGCAUCGAGACGGAGGGUCUCGAGCUGCCUCUCGAGGAGCUUCCGUCCUGGGAGGAGUCGAAGCGGAAGACGCUGCCAAUCCUCUGGAAGAACCCCGUCACGGGCGACCUGCACUUCCAGGUCCACCCAUGCGGCGCGGCCGAGCUGCUGGUCGACCCGCUUCCCGAGGGUGCCAAGCGCGAAGGCGCGCUCUACCCCGACGGCGCACACAUCACCGACCUCGGCACCGUCCGUGCGCUGCUCUACAAAAUGCAGCGACCCGCCAUCGCUCCUGAGCUCAUCUACCCGCACGACUGGCGGGAGCAGGAUCUCGUCCUCUUCCACAACCGCGGCGUGCUCCACACCGUCGUCGGCGCGUUCAAGCCGGACCAGGUGCGCGCGUUCCACCAGUGCAACCUCGCCGCGUCCGACGACCCCGUUGGGCCGACUCCCGAGGACGUCAAGGCGUGGGCCUGAGGCGAUGUGAACUUGCUCAUGCAGGAACGUGCGCUGCUGCGUCGGUGGUGUGAUGGUGCAGUGUGGGUUUGUUACAUGGGCACUUGGAGCGACGCAGAUGGACGUUGCCUUGGGGUUUGUUGUACGAUAUAGCACUUCUUGGAUAACACAAGCUGUCUUGGAUUGCGUUCCAAAGGAUGCAACUGAACUGGGCCUCUUGCGAGAGUCGUCGGGGGCUGCAACGCUCCACAAGCCAUCGUUUCGUUGAAGAUCUCACUUCCUCGCUGCGCAAUACCUUCACCGUUCACGGAAUUCCGUGGUCAGAACAACGCUCCCUGCACUGGCACUUCAGAGCAGGUAUUAGUACACCUUAAAUAAAGU